AGAAGCCUCUCGCGGCAGCGAAGCAACGUGCUGGUGCCCCUCCCCCUCUGGUUACCGCGGAGGGGUUGGGGGGGGGGAGACAACGGGCCAUGGCCGGGGCAGGCUCCUUCUCGGGUCAACUGCCACAGUCAAAGCCUCUAAACAUCUCCACAUCUGCCUCCACAAGACGGCGAAAGUUAAUUCUGCCAUAUUGGUCUCCCCCGAAGAAGUCCCGCUUGCCCAGGGCCGUCUUGCGCUGGCUUCAAAGCAUGGAUCUCACUUUUUCCCCCAAGAAUAUCAACAGAGAUUUUUCCAACGGCUUCCUACUUGCAGAAAUAUUCAGUAUCCAUUAUCCACGGGAUCUUAAACUGGCAGCUUUUGGGAAUGGAACUUCCAUAAGAACCAAAUUGGCUAAUUGGUCACAGCUGGAAAGUUUUUUUGCAAAAAAGCAUUUGAAAAUACCCAAAGAAUUAAUUCAUGGGACACUUCACUGUAAACCUGGAGUACCAGAAAUAUUGAUACAAGAAGUCUAUAUGUUACUGACAAAACAAGAAGUUAAAAGUAUCCAAGAUGACUAUGUGAACUUCACAGAUUGUAACUACCAGAUAAAUAUGCCACUGGUGCCCAAAGCCACCGUUUCAUCAUUUAUCAAGAGUAACAUUCGGUUAACUGAAUUACUAAGCAAUCCCAAUAUACUUAGUAAUCAACUUAAAAUUGACUUUCUAUGUGUCUUACAAAUGUUACAGAGAAGACUGAGUAGAAAACUCCAUCCAAAGUGGUUUGAUAUCAAACCUACAAUAGGAGAACUUUCUCUUCCUCCUGCCAAAAGGACUAACAGUCUUGCAAAAAGUAUCUUGGUAAAGGAUAAAUGUGCUGCUACGGUACUAGAGAAAGACAGCAAUGAAACCCAGGUUAGAGAAAUUCAUGUGAAACAAGGAGACAAAGAGGCAUUUGAAGCCAGUGUUGAUCCCAACAAAUAUCUGGAAAUACCUUUAAUUAAAUCUGUCAGCUUUGGAGAAACAAACACCACACGAAAGAUAAUCUGA